AUGGUCAGUGCUGUGCUUGGCUCACAGAUAUCUAAAAUCAGGAACUUGGGUUAAGAAAGAGGAAAAACUUCAGUAUCGGGGCUGUGAGAUUGGCGUCCGCCCUCCCCCAUAAACCCACACAAAGGAGAGCACCAGGUGACUCAAUUUCGACCCCCCUUUAAAAACUUUUUGACCCCCAGGGGAGCUGGGACCCAGAGGAAAAAAAAGGCGAACCAAGGUCACAGAGAGGUCCUGAUUAAAAGAAUUUUGGAUGUUACCAGCAGGCAGGAUGGACGGGUUUACCAUUAUCUCUACGGCACAUCCGGAGGAACUGAUUGCUUAUGAUGCCGAGCAUUACCGCCAGCAUCACGAAUACUACCAGUACCUGAGUGACAGUGAGAGCCAUGCUUCACUUUUAGAACAUUACUGGGAGUAUCCCACACCUCAUUUACAUGGCGAACUGGAAGGAUUCCCUGAUUCUCAGCUUACAGAAAUGCAGAGCGUUCAACCUACCCAGCUGCAGCAACUCUACAGACAUAUGGAGGAGCAGAUGCAUGUUCUGGAACCUGGAUUGCCUGCAUCACACCCACACCUCACCUUAGGCCAUCAGGUCUCCUACAUGCCUCGCAUGGGUCUGCAGUAUAUAUCUACUGGACAACCCAGUUCUGAUGAAGAGGAACAUGAGAGACGUAGCCCACCACUAGAAGUUUCAGAUGGAGAGAUGGACUCUCGGGACCCUACUUAUGGCAUGUUACAAGGAGAACCAGGGAGCAAGAAAAAGAUUCGCCUUUACCAGUUCCUUCUGGAACUACUGCAGAACGGAGACAUGAAAGACAGUAUCUGGUGGGUGGAUAAAGAUAAAGGCACAUUUCAGUUUUCUUCUAAGCACAAAGAAGUCCUUGCCCAUCGCUGGGGCAUCCAAAAAGGCAACAGGAAGAAGAUGACUUAUCAGAAAAUGGCCAGGGCAUUGCGUAACUAUGGCAAGACUGGCGAGGUGUACAAGAUCAAGAAGAAACUGAUGUACCAGUUUAGCAGGGAGGUACUUCAAAAGUCUUUUAACCCAAGGAAACACCUCCAUCACUGAGCUUGAAUUCACACUCUCCUCAUGGCUGGGCAUUGCCAGUACUUGCUCAUGAAUCUUUAGUGCUCUCUGUAUCUUGGUACGAAAGACUCUAAGGCUUCCAUGUAUAGAACAGAAUAAAACUGUACAUAUUAUUGUAAUUAUUCAUGUAUGGAAAAGAGAGGGUCUCACAUUAGUAUUUUUAUUUUAUAUAGUUCUUUAAAUUUUAUGUUUUGCUGUAUGCAAACAGGCACAAUGUGUCUCUGACCUGUAAAGCUUCAUUUCUUGGAGUCUAAAGAGUAUGAUGAUCAAUGGUUUUCUCAAUAUUACAGGGAACUGAUAUGUGAGCCAUGCUGAAGCACCUCUAUGUCAGAGCCCAAGGUGGGUUUACUUAAACUGAGGCCCUGGACUGACAUUUUAACUCCCUCCCACAGUAUUUAAGGGUGUUUUAUCAGUGGCCCUUUAGUGGUUGUUCAGUUAAAUAUCUUUUCUCAAUUGCCCAUGUGUUUUACAUUCUUGUUUUUCUUCUAUCCUUCUUCCCAAACUCAACCCAGCUUUGCAUUAGGCCCUUGGUUCCUUCCUUUGCUUUUAUGCAAACCCCCAUACCUUCUUCUAAACUUUCUCUUUUGUUCUUCACUUCCACUUUCUCUUCUGCUUUCACUUUCCUCCCCUAGACCUUUCCUCUUUCUCCUCUGCUAGACUUUUCCUUGUGCUCUCUCCAGUUGCAGAGGUUGUGAAGAGAAGACAGAGCUGACCGGCACUCAAACGGAUUCACAGGACCAAAGGAGUUCAGUUAAAAAAUAAUUUUAUUUGUAGAAAAAUUAAAAAUAUAUCUGCAUCUCCAUCCACCUCCAUCCUCUCCAGUUGCAGGCCAGCUUUUUAUUUUCCCAGACCUGCAAACCCAAGUCAAUUUAAUGCACAUCAGUCUUUGCAAAAAGUUGUAGCCUUCAACCCAAGAGUUUAUUGUAAAAGUGCAGUCAUAGCAAGUUCUAUCCAUAGCUGUAGACUAUGGCUUUUCAUUACCCAGAAUGCUCCCUUAACUCUUUGUAGUGAAUUUCUUCUUCUAUGGGUUAUUCUGCUACAUUCAUCCCCAUUUAAUUUUAAACCCUCUGCUCUUGCUUUGCUCAGAUUUUCCUUUCUAUUUCUCUUCCACUGUGUGUUUCAAGGAAGAGUUAAGAGUGAACCAUGUAGGCUGAGUGAGAAACGUAAACAGUACAGGUAUGGGACCUGUUAUCCAGAAUGCUUGGGACCUGGGGUUUUCCGGAUAAUGGAUCUUUCCGU